UAUAAUCUAUGCGAUUGACCAUGCGCAUUUCACUGGCACGCAAGACCUGAAAUGUAUUUAGGUUGCGGGUGAACACCUCUGCAUAAUUGUGCGCGGAUUUGCUUGCGGACGCCCACACAUUACUGCAUACUUCCAACUUCGUCUUCCAAGCGAUUGGAUUUGAUUUUUGUUAUCAGCAAAGCGACACGAUCGCGUCGCUCGCCACUCUUCUGGGAUAGUAAUGGUUGCAAAUCCCUAGCCGGCAACCUUUGCGUCACUCUUCAGCGAUUGGGAGACCCUUGCAAGAGAGGGAUCUACCUAGGGCACCAGUGAAGCUGUGAUGGGAAUGAUGUAUGGCAGUGCUGUUCGGCUCGCAACCAAACUCCGGCAUCAUUUUACUCAGAGAGCUUGUCUCCUUCAUUCUCACGCCACCAGCUUCGGAUUUAAAGAGGUACCUGAAGAAGAAAAAAGUAAACUAGUUGGUAAUGUCUUCAGCAGUGUCGCUUCAAACUAUGACCUUAUGAAUGAUCUGAUGAGCGGUGGAUUGCAUAGAUUAUGGAAGGACAGAUUGGUUUCAAAACUUCAUCCUUUUACUGGUAUGAAGCAUCUUGAUGUUGCUGGUGGGACAGGUGAUGUAGCUUUUCGUAUCCUUCAAAGAAUAAAGAGUGUAAGUCACAGUGCCAUGCAAAGCAGUCUGGAUGACUUCAAUGAAGAAUCACAAAUCUAUGUCUGUGACAUUAACCCAAAUAUGUUAGACAUAGGAAAGAAGCGUGCCAUUGAACAAGGGUUUUCUGAAGAGAAGUCUCUAGUUUGGCUUGAAGGUGAUGCAGAAGCUUUGAAAUUUGAGGAUAAUUCAAUGGAUGGUUAUACUAUUGCCUUUGGAAUCAGAAAUGUAACGCACAUAGAGCAGGCACUCUCUGAAGCUUACAGGGUAUUGAAGCGGGGCGGCCGAUUUCUUUGCCUGGAAUUGAGUCAUGUGGAGCAGCCCUUCUUCAAACAAAUUUAUGACUACUACUCGUUUAAUGUGAUUCCGGCUAUUGGAGAGCUCGUGGCAGGUGAUCGAGAGUCUUAUCAAUAUUUGGUUGAGAGCAUACGUCGAUUCCCUAACCAGGAUACUUUUGCUCGAAUGAUAGCUGAUACUGGAUUUUGGAAGGUUGAAUAUGAGAAUCUUGUUGGGGGGGUUGUUGCCAUUCAUUCUGCAGUGAAGUGGUAGGGAAGAGCUUCGCAUUUCAUUCUUCAAUUAUCAUUUAAAUGUAAGAUUUAAUUGACUUCAGUUUCUUCUUGGCAUCAGAAGCAUUUUAUUUUAUUUUUUUGUUCUUUGCUGGAAUUAAGCUCGAUAUGGAUGUUAAUGAAAACUAACAGUUCUUGGUCUUU